UCUCAACAUCGAAACUAUACGUGACGAGGACGAUUCUUAUACGAUAUACUGCAUUUAUUCCUCAUAUGUACGAAGGUUGUUGUUCGCGAAUAUUGCUUGGAGUGAAUUUUUCACGUGAAAUUGAUACUUAAUUGUUUGGCUUUUAUGGGUUGUCGUGGUUUUCUAGCUCUCAAUUUUUUAUCACCGAUUUGAUCGAAAAUUGGUUUCGAUUUUUUGCUGUGUGGUUUUGUUUUGUUUUUGUGUGUGAUUUUUCUCCCUUUCAAUAUGAACGUGAUACAGAUAUCAGCAUGCGCAAUUAUAAUCGUGCUUUUGAUCAAAUAUCUUCGCAAACCUAAAGAUAAGAGAUUUUACGAACUUCUCGAACGGUUCCCUUCGUAUCGGAAGUACCUAUUGAUUGGAAACGCGAACAUGCUGUUUGGUCCCUUGGAUGAUGUACGAGCAAGAUUUGAAAAUAUUUUUAAACUGCAUCAUCGCGUCCUGUUCUGGCUCGGGCCCACACCGUGUUUACUUUUGAAAAAAUACGACGAUAUUGCUACAAUUCUAAUUCAAAGCUCGCAUCGUGAUUUCCUUGGAGCAGGAGAUGAGUGGCUCGGUACAUCGAUACUAAGCGGACCAUAUGAAGAGUGGAAGAAGUCCAUAAAAAUGCUUGGGCCAGCUUUCAGCCCAAAAAUGUUGACGAAAUAUGAAGAAGUGUUCAAAAGUAAUUCCCUGGAACUCGUUGAAAAACUGAAACCAGUUGCUAACAGUGGCAAGGAAUUUGAUGUUUGGGAAUUAAUGAUGAAAGCAACUUUGGACGUAGUAACAGAAACUUCAUUUGGCGUUUCGAUUAAAACUAGUGGAAGAAUCGGGGAACAGUUUUGCACUGCUGUACACGACACCAUUGAGCUCAUUAUGAAACGUAUCCAAUUCCCUUGGCUGAUGCUAACUCAUAUUAACUGGUUGUAUUUAAUCAUGAUAGGUAAAACAGAUUCUAUCCACAACUUUCAGCAUUAUCCGACAACGGUGUUAAGAAAAAGCAUCGAAGAUUACCAAAAUUCACGACGUGAUAAUGACGCAUUUGAUCAAGUUGAUAAAUCCAAAGCAGUAAUCGAUUCACUCGUGAGGUACAGUUUCAAAGAACCCGACGUUACAGAAACACGUAUGAGGGAUGAAUUAUUGGGUCUAAUGGGAGCGUCAGUUGAAACGUCACCAUUGAACACAAGCUUUAUAAUGCUGAUGAUGGCAAUGCAUCAAGAUAUUCAGCAAAAGGUAUACGAAGAGAUUUCAAAAUUCGAGACCGAUGAUGGUAUAUUGACCCAACACGAUAUUUACAAUAAUAUGCCAUAUUUGGAACAAUGCAUCAAAGAGUCAUUACGGAUGUUCAGUCCAGUGGCAUUAACUAACAGACGUAUUCAUAAGGAUAUUGUAUUAAAAGAUGGUAUGAUAGUGCCAAAAAAUACGUUCGUUGUGACAUUCAUAACUUUCGCGAAUUACGAUCCUGAUCUGUACAAAAACCCAGAUAAAUACGAUCCCGAACAUUUCACCGAGGAAGCGAUAAAAGCACGUCCUAAAAUUAGCGAUCUGAGUCUUGGAGUUGGACCAAGACCUUGCAUAGGUGGAAAGUAUGCGAUGAUGUUCAAUAAAACGCAAAUGGCUUACAUUUUGCUCAAUUAUCAUAUAUCAACUCGUGUCAAGGAAUUCACAAAAGAUCAUCUAAAUAUGGGACUCGGCAUCAAGAGUAAAAUCGGCUACCCCCUCAUAUUCACAAGCAGACGAUAAAUACUUGGAAUAGUGAAGAAUUGAUGAAUAAUUAAAUUUUAAUGUUUUAUUGCACAUCCGAUUUUUUCCGGGCUGUUUUGUUUUGAAAUUCCAACUUUCAUGUUCAUUUUUCUGUAACUUAUUCUGAUCUAUUUUCCAAAAUGUGUAUUUUUUCAUUGUUUUUUGGAACAUUUUUGAAUUCAAUAUUGCAACUAUUACAUUUUCAUGCUCA